AUGGACCAAACACAUAUAGUUGAUAGUGGCCCUGUCACCCCCAAAGCUCGUCGUAUGUCUGGAAGCCCUAUGAGCAACAAUACCUACUAUCGUGGUGAUCAAGGGCGGUUUCCCGCUGUCUCUCACACCACCUACGCAGAUAGUGGCUAUGGUGGUAGGGGUCAGAACGCUGCUGUUGAGGAGAUCGAUAAUUCCUGCGUUGUUUAUGUCAACGGUCUCACAAAUCUGACUGAUGAUCGCAUCUUAUUCGAUACCUUUCGUCAAUUUGGCUCUAUCGUAAGCCUUGUAAGGCGUUCAGUAAACUACGAUGCCAGGUCGAACGACUCUAUGACCCAAUACGCAUUUAUUGGGUUCAGUAAUCCUCAGGAUGCUCAAGAUGCAGUUCAGAAGGGUGAAAUCACCUUGGGAGAUCGCAAAUUGACUAUCAAACCCCGUGAUAAACCCGGGGUAAGCUAUCACAAGAGCAUCUACCAUGGUCAUCACCACCAUCAUUCUUAUAAGGGCUUCAAGGAUAGGCCUAUUCCCGAAAGCAGAGAGCAAAUUCUUCAAUUACUGAACAAAAAUCGUACUGGACAUCCCAUCCAGCAAAACAACGCCAUAUACGGACAAAAGAACCAAAGUCCACCUCACGAGCAGCAACAAAUGCAACAAAUGCAAACGCACGACAAUUCCGUGCUUGCCCAAUUAAAAAACGAUAACAUGGACCCCACCACGUUGUAUGGUGGAUUCAGCGGCCCUUCUGGCCCCAGGUCCAGUGCUAAUAAUAAUAACACGGGACAUUCACCUGUUCUUAUGAGCAAAGCUUUGUAUGUUGCGAACUUACCGAUUGAUAUGUCCCCGAAGGAGCUUUUUACACUUUUCUCGGAGGUCGGACUCGUUGAGGGCUGUUACAUCUUCCCUUAUGCCGAUUCUGCAAACCGCAGGUUUGGCGAUAUUGUCAUGUCUUCCUUCUACUGCGCACAAAAGGCUUGUGAGGCAUUCGAUGGCACAGUCAUCCGUGGCUGUGUUCUGGCCGUUAGCUACAAAACACAUCCAGGACCAGAUGUCAAUCAUAACAGUCCCCCCCCUAUGCAGUUCAAUCCAGCCUAUCCGCCACCCCUACCGCAGCCCUUUCCACCAUCUUUCCCGCAACAGUUUCAGCAACCUGUGAACUUUGGGCCACCCAUGUACCAUCCUGGACCGUUUGGACCCCAGGGUCAACAAAUGGCAUGGCUUCCGCAAAAUUAUGGACCUUCAAACCCUAACAUGGUCGCCUCUGCAAGUAUGAUCCCAUUCGCUCACCAAUUCCCUCCACUUCAAAACAUGGCUCAAUAUAGUCCCUUCAAUGUCAUGUCUCCGAUUUCUCCGCAAGGAUUUGAGAUUCAACACAUCGGUGGCAUGUCACCACCAGGCUCCCCGCCUUUCCAGAGCUUCCAGGACCCCAUUACAGGCUGGCAGGGACAGAUCCCGCCGAGAGCCAUUCUUGGGCGGCAUUAUCAUAAUCGUCGUUAUAACGGACGGGGUGGUCGGAUGAACAACAGGCUUCCUGCCAACUUCAGCAAUACCGAGCACCACAGGUCUACAUCCAAUUCAUCUUCAACUACGCUUGCAUCUCACGGCUACGACAGGCCAAGAUUUGAUGGAACAGUCACAGUAAACGGAUCUUUUAUGGGCUCAACUAUUACCAGCGAAUCAUAUCGUAGUCCUCCUCCUGUUAUAGGCGGAUCAUUUACCAGUUCGUGCGAAACUCCUUCACGGAAUAGCUUCGAUGGGAACACCUCAGAAUCAGACAAAGACUCCACACCUUCUCCCGUUGUGAUUCGCACUCUUCCCGACCCAAAAUUGGGACCCGAAACACCCACAAAGUCUUCAUCCCAUCCUACCGUGUUUGUCGCUCUUUCUGCCCCAAUUAUCCCGGAGACAACGGAUCCUGCGGAUCCUGCAAAUCUUUACAUUAAGAACUUGGACCCCUCAAUCAUCUCUACUGGAGAAGACCUUAAAAAGUUGUUUGAACCUUUUGGAACCGUAUCAUCUUUCGUUCUCGCAACUUAUCCGAACACGUCAAUCUCACGUGGCUACGGAUUUGUAGCAUUCCUUAAGCCAGAAGAUGCUAUCGCAGCAAAGGCUAAGUUGGAUAGAAGCAUCGUUGGAAGCAGAAGAGUUUUUGUGACUUGGGCUGAGACAAAGGAGGUCCGUACGAAGAGAUUGAAAGAUCUCUUCAACGGGAAUGGAGGGGCAAAUGAAAAGGACAACACUGCUGAUAAGAUCGAAAAAGCUCGCUUGGAAGACGGAGGUCUAACACAUCAAUCCGAGAAACAAAACGAGAGCGAGAUUAUCGGGGAGUCUGUGGAUACCAGCACCAAAAUCCCGCCGAGCCAACCGAAGGAAGACGUGAGAGAGCAUGGGGCUGUUGGGAAGAAUACCGAAAAAACUUCCGAGGAUGACGUUCCUCUCAUGGUUGCAGAACAGGAGAUCGCCGUCACAAACAGAUGGCGUGGAACUCAGUUGACUGGGAUUGCGGAAGUUGUCGAAGACGAGGAAGUCUCCCGUUCUGUAAUUCAACGUGUCGACCCUGGGCCAUCAUCUGGCUCGUCUUACAAAGCGCCAUGUAUUGUCCGGAGUUCUACACUUGGCAGAUUUGAUAACCCGCCCGAGUCAACUCAGGAACCUAAGAAUGCCCCCUCCGAAAAAUCGAACCAACAAUUUUCAGGCGAUUUGGCGAACGAGCUCUCCGCUGAACAUGGAAACUCUGCUCAGGUCCAGAACCAAAGCCAGGCACAAAACUCCAAAAAUGGAAACGACUACCAGUGCCUAGGCACGCAAAUGGAAAUCCUCCACCCCAAGGUUUUAUCCAACUUUCCCCAAUAA